AUGAAAAUUAAUUCACAUCCUGAAAAAAAAUUGGAAGGAAUACUAAAGCAAGAGAUCUUGUUUAAAAGCGCUAAAAAAAUGAUGAAGGAAUUAAAGAAAGACAUCUAAGGGUUACCCAGUAUGGAUUAUGAGGAAAGUUCAGCCAAUUUAUAUAAUUUUGUUGUCAAUCGCAAAGUUGAGAAUACUACAAAUUACAGCACUAGGGCACAUCCUUUAAAGAGGACUCAAAGAACUCUCUCUUUUGAAUUGAUAAAACCCAAAUUAUCAGACGGCAAGAUUAAGCAUUUGCGUUUUGGAAGUAGAGAAGGGAAGAGGAUACAGAGCAGGAACAUCUAAAAGAUUCGAAGACGAAGUUGUUGUUGUUCUGAUUGUGGACACGAAAAUACCAAAAUCAUACAUCUGAUGUACAAAGGUGCAACUUGCCAUCGUUAAGUAGAAUAUGCACAUCAAUUGAAGAAAAAAAGGGAUUUUGCAGAGGAUGCAUUUCGCUUUUCACAAAAGAUUGCAAGAAAAAUGAUUCUCAUAAAAAAUAAAUUAUAUUCUAAGACAAUCUUAUUUAGGAAACGUUGUAAUUCCUGUGAUACUCGAUUAACAAAAGAGAUGCUAAUUUAGCAUAAAUAAGUAGCCUUCUAAGUUCCUUAAAGAAAAGAUACUCAUUCAAAAACACAAAUGAGACAUACUGUAUUUAUCAAAAGACAAUAAACCAUCAAUGAUAAAUUGUUACUUAUACCAAUUAAAAAUCUAAAAGUGGUCUCAGAAAUACAGUUACCUAUAAAAACUCUGCCAACUCAACCUAGUAACACGUCCUCAAAGAUUUUAAAGAAGAAAAAUUUUAAUCGUACAUAUGUUCCAGUAAAUCGUUCUAUUCUCCCUUAAUUGAGUCCUUCAAAAUUUACGAUCAACAACAAUAAAUCAAUAGAUUACUAACUAAAAUCUUAGAUUAGGUAAUAAGUGAAGGAAUUGCAAAAACCACUUAUUGAAUCGAAGAAAAACUCAAUUGCAAGUCUCACUAAUCCAUAUCGUAAUAUCUCUUAACUAGAUUACUUGCUGAAAGUAAGAAGAAGACAAUGUAAUUAUUGA